UCCUAUGGCUGAAGUCGUGCACCGGAUCGCACUCAGAUCUGGCCAACGCAUCGCCAUUGCUAGCGCGGAGAGCUCUGUAACCUGUCCCCCUCCAGCACCCCACUCUGAUUCAAAAAGAACGGUGUACUUCACUGCCUCCCAUACCACUCUCGCUCCCUCUUUCUCUGAAUUAGAAAUCAUUGAAGUAAAAAAGCCCUAAACCCACCUACGGUGUCUUAACCGCUUGCCGAUCGUCUGUAUUCUUCCUUCCAUUUCUUGAUGUAAUUUUUUUUAGUCGAGAAAAGCCAGUGGCAUAUCCUCGAUAUCUUCCUGUUCUUAUUCCGUUUUCUGGGGGACAGAUUUUUAGGGUUUGAGAGUUGUUCUGGUGUUGAGGAAAGAAGCAUUACGUGAUUGAAGCUACAUUGGGGAUUCUUGGGCGAUGGGAUCGAGCAGUAGCAAAGCGUCGGAAGAUGGAGGCAUGAGACCAAGAUCUAGAGAAGUUGGAGUGUUUAGCUAUUGCUGUUUUGCUUGCUCUCCCACUCUUUGUGAUGAACAGAUCGCACAAAUUCAUAGGAGUUCAAAAGGAAGCACAUGUAGAGAUGACGGUGCAAGCAAAUCAUGCCUAGAAAAUCAUGCAUCCUGCGGAGACUUUACUGUUUGCCAGUGUACUUCAUUGAUUAAUACUAAUAUUGAUCAGAACAGGGGAAUGAAAAGCUUUAUGCAUCAAAAUGAUCCAGGAUGCAGCAAUUCUCAGGGACUAUCCUUAAUUGAUCAAUCUUCCAACCAUUCAGGCUGCUUGCAUUGUCCUUGUACUUUCAUGCCAGACAGAACUUGCUUUAGAAUAUGUAAAGCCAGUGCUUUGAGAUCAUCCCGAAAUAAUGUUUCUUCAGGAGAUGAUGGCUCUUUUGGUAAUAGUACUGGAAGUGGGGAAAAUAUUAGAGUGGAAAAUAAUCAUGAUAAUGAUAGAAGCAGUGUACAUGUUGAGGCUAGCUUGGAAGAACUCUCCCAUCAAAAUCUCCAGGAAACUGACAACAGUGAUGUUAUGAACCAUUUUCGACGCCAUGGACCCCCCUUACCUUUGGAAGGAAGCAUGCGAUUUAGCAGAACACGCAGUGUUGGACGGCUCCGUGAUAGAGUUCUUCGGAGAAGUACAUUAUCUGAGGAUUUGUUUGGGGCAUUACUUCUAGAAGAGAGGUCACUGAUAAGGUCCAACAGUCAGGUUUUCAGUAGGCAAACCAUGGCCAGGACAUCAAGUUCUACUCAGGCUAACGAAGCACUGCUGUCUUCACAUGUGGAUGGGUCUACUGGAAGUGGCCAGCUUCAUACCUCAAGAGCUUCACAGAUUAGAGAGAUUGGUAAUCAUGAUUUGUUGGAGCAUAGAUCAGCUUUUCUAGAGAGAAGAAGGAGAAUAAGAUCCCAGGUUCGAGCUCUUCAGAGGCUAGGUAGCCGGUUUGAGAACCUAUCAGGCCAUGAUAGAUCCUGCAUUCUAUCUGGACAGCACCGAACAGGACAGUGCACAUGCAGAUUAAGUAACAGACAUCCCCAUGAUAAUAAUGACACUAGUAACACCUCCAGCAUCUCAAGAAUUGUCAUGCUAGCUGAGGCACUUUUUGAGGUUUUGGAUGAAAUCCACCAGCAAUCCGCUGUACUUUCAUCCAGGCAAUCAAUUUCUUCUCUUGGAUCUUUUCCUGCACCAAAAGAGGCUGUGGAUAACAUUCCGCUGAAAGUUUAUGUGAAAUCAAAAACACACUUGAAUCAGGAGGUUCCACAAUGCUACAUUUGCCUUGUGGAAUAUGAAGAUGGAGAAUAUAUUAGGACACUACCAUGCCAGCAUGAAUUUCACCAGACUUGUGUUGACAAGUGGCUGAAAGAGAUCCAUAGGGUAUGUCCUGUUUGUCGAGGAAAUGUUUGCAGAUGAGAAUUGUCCUCAACCUCCACGAAGAGCAAAUUAAUGCCGGAUUUAAGCUUUUUCAAUGCAGUAAGAUUCCAACCUUAAAUUGCACAAACUCGAAUUAUUAAUUUGUUUUUCGGAUGUUAUGUUGAAGCAACAGUUGCUAACUUGCCUAUUUGUCUGUGAUAUGUUGUCUUACGUACAAGCGUGCAUUCUUUGUUUCGUUGAUCUUCUGGACAAAAGAAGAAAAAAAAUUGUGAUUUUCCUCCAAUAAA